AUGUACUUCAUGACCUUCUUCAAGUUUUGGGUGUUGUACAGGAAAAGGAGCGUUCGCAAACUGUCACGGGACGGCGAUCGAACAUUGAACGUCCACGGGUGUCAGCUGCGGGACGGGGCGACUGCGACUGCGCCACAGCGUUUCCCUGCACGUCAUCGCAGCUUCAAGCUGGCGCCAUACUUCCACCAUCAUGCACAUGUCACUGGUUUCUGUGACCACGAUUCUCGAUACCAACAUCACACGACCCUACUCCUGCGGCAUUACUUGAAAUUGCACCUCCGACUAUCGAUAAUUUCAUUUGCGCCUGAAACUAUCCCAUACCCGAGAACAGAUUUCGCCGAAACCUUCCAAUAUGUCAGCGGCCCAAGCACCGAGCUGAGCCGCCGCCGUCGUAUGAGGCCGCCACAGCUUCAUCAUCGUCGUCGGCCCCCGAACCUGGCAUCAGCCGGGUUUCUACAGAUGGCCCUGGCCAUCGCAGGGAGCGAAAUGGGAUCCCUCCCGAUCGCCGACGCUCUAUGGAAGACGAGAUGCGCGAGCUUCCUAGGGGUUGGGUGCGUUGCAUUCGACCCCCAAGAGGGCCACCAGUUCUUCGUCGACACCACAGCCGAUCCGCCGCGUAGUACAUGGGUGCAUCCAUUCGACGACGAACAGUAUCUCAGCACGCUGAGUCCCGAGGAGCGCAAGAAACACAGCAGGAUGCAUAGGACAAUGACGCUGGAGGAUCUCGCCGCAGAAGACUCGGACCAAGAUGAACUGCUUCCACGACCGGCGACCAAGGCCGCCGCCGGUGCUGACCAACCGAAAGGCCUGAGCAAGUUCUCGCGCAAGCUCAAGGACAAGAUCACGGGUCAGACACACGAACAGCGCGAACAAAGCCGGGCUCAUCGCGCAGAGCAGGAGCGUCAGGCUUACAUGGCUCACCUCCGCGCUCGAGAGGCGCUCAUGAAGGCGAUCCAGACUGGACAACCUCAGUUCCUCUGCAAGGACCAACAGGGCCGCGACGUAUACAUCGAGCCUCCUAGGGGAGCAUUCGCGCCUCGAGGUGCGUAUGGAUACAAUCCGUAUGCGCAGGGCCCAUACUCCAACCCGAACGUGAGGAUAGUCAGGCCCGCUGGACCCUACGGUCGCCCGAUGGGUUAUGGCUACGGCGGCGGUGCCGGAUUGCCCAUUGCUGCUGGAUUCCUCGGCGGAGCGAUGCUGGGAACCGCUCUAUUCUAAAAAAGUGACGACGAAACCAAGUUACGGUCGAACGAAUGGAUCUCCAUACCACAGCUCCAGCAGCUGACUCUCGUAGACUUGAGAUCCCUUAGCCAUCCAUGAUCCAAUAAAACAAAUCCGUACAAUCC